UUGAAGAGGAUUCUUUUGCGUUGCAAUACUGCAAGUGGCCACUGGGGCAAAAUGACAGCAAAGCUUCAGAAGGAUGUAUACAAUCUCCCGUCCCACGAUGCCCUGGCACAGAUCCUCCCAGAUUACCGGUCGCUCCUCAGCAGAGCGAGGACGGAGCUUCAGAGCACGGCUCAGCACGAACAGGAGACGCCAGCUGAGAGGGCAGAAGCUGCACAGGGCAGCAAACCCAACAUAAACUACACAUAUCAAGUGCAUCAUCCACACAGGCGGCCUCCUCUGCAUGACUUUGAGGACGAUCACAACAUGGCAGAGAUCACCGACCUCCAAGCUAAGGAGGUGGCAAACUAUCGUUCAGCCAUGACUAGGAUGGCAGACGACAUGAUAACGCUGAGGACACAGGUGGGGACGUUGGAGGCAGAAAACAGCCAGCUCCGCAGUGAUCUCCGUCUGCACCAGGACCUUGGUCGGGAUCUGCUGGCUGACACUGACGUCGAUGUCAUGACCAAGGCUGAGAUCGCUGACCGGAUAGCUACUCUGAAAGUCAAGCUGGCCAGUGAAACCAGUAAGACCGCCUCGCAAAGGGACAAGAUCCAGCAGCUGCAGAAUGAGCUGAUCAGGAAGAACGACAGUGAGAAGGAGCUGCUAAAGCUUCAGAAAGUCCAACAGGAGGAUCUGCAGAAUCACCAGACUCACCUGGCAAAGAUGGCAACUUUAGAGGUCACAGUAAAGCAGCAGGAAAAAGUCAUAGAGAAGAUGGAGAAAGCUUUAGAUAGCAAACUUAAAGAGAAGAGAAGACAAAGCGAUGACAAAAAGCUGCUGCUAAAAGUGCAAAGAGAUGAGGCUGAUCGCAAAAAGGAAGAGUCGGCCUUGGCGGCGGAGAACCUCCGUCUCAGAAAAGAGCUGGACAGGAUUCGCCAGCCGCCUGCUCCAGUCAUUAUACAGCAGUCAGCACAGGAAUGUUAG